AUGUUUUUCUUCUUCAGAGUCUUGGUCACCUUCCUCCUCCAGAUCGCCACUCUGGUGCAUGCUGCAGAUACAGCCGCCUGGAAGUCUCGCAGCAUAUACUUUGCCCUGACGGAUCGUGUCGCCCGCAGCAGUAACGAUACUGGCGGCGUCUCGUGCAGCAACUUGAGCAAAUACUGUGGCGGCACCUUCAAGGGCCUCGAGUCGAAACUCGACUACAUCAAAGGCUUGGGCUUUGACGCCAUCUGGAUCAAUCCUGUCGUCAGCAACAAAGCAGAUGGAUACCACGGCUACUGGGCCCAGGACUUGUACGCCAUCAACUCCAACUAUGGCAGUGCCGCCGACUUGAAAAGCCUCGUCAGCGCGGCCCACUCAAAAGUGCGCUUCCCCGUUGCAUAUGAACUAGGCAUAUAUGUUAUGGUUGAUGUGGUGGCAAAUCACAUGGGACCGGGGAACAUAUCCGACAACCGCCCAGUACCGCUGAACCAAGCCUCUUCAUACCACUCGAACUGCACCAUUGACUCGUCGAAUCAAACCAUUGUUGAGAACUGCCGGGUCGCCAACCUCCCGGACAUUAACACGCAAAGCUCCGGGAUACGAACACUCCUGAACACCUGGGUUAGCUGGCUUGUCAAAGAGUACAGCUUCGAUGGAGUACGUAUCGACACGGUGAAGCACGUUGAGAAGAGCUUUUGGCCCGGCUUCGUCUCUUCCAUAGGCGCUUACGCCAUCGGCGAGGUCUUCAGCGGGGACCCAUCAUACCUGGCCGGGUAUGCGGAUCUGAUGCCUGGGCUGCUCAACUAUGCCGUCUAUUACCCCAUGAACAGGUUCUACCAGCAGGGCAACUCGCCCCAGGAGCUAGUCGACAUCAUGGACAACAUCACGUUGUCUUUCCCCGAUCCCGCAGCGCUGGGCACCUUCCUGGACAACCACGACAACCCUCGCUGGCUGAACCAGACCAACGACCAGACGCUUCUGCAGAACGCGCUGGCCUUUGUCUUUCUCUCCCGUGGCAUCCCUAUCCUGUACUACGGGACCGAGCAAGGGUACGUGGGUGGCGACGACCCUGCCAACCGCGAGGAUUUGUGGCGCAGUGGCUUCAAGACCAACACGACGCUGCACCGAUCCAUCGGCAAGCUCAACGCCGCACGCAAGGCAGCCGGCGGUCUGGACGGCAACGACCACAAGCACCUGCUCGUGACGGACAAUGCUUAUGCAUGGAGCCGCGCAGGAGGAAAGCUGAUUGUCCUCACCACGAACGCAGGCUACUGCUCUAGCACUCAGUACUGCUUCAACACGACGAGGGCGAACGGCCACUGGGAGGACGUCUACGGCGGCGGCGCCUCUGUGUACUCGGACGGUAACGGUCGGGCCUGCAUCGACGUGGUCAACGGCCAGCCGGUCGUACUGUUAGCCUCGACCACCCCGACAACGAGCGCUGCGAGGCCGACCAACGUGACGACGCCGCUCACCUGGACCAACACCACGACCAACGCCGCAAACAAUACAGCCAAUACAGCCUGCCCCACAACAGUGGCCGUGUCGUUCACGGAGCGAGUGGUGACAGUGCCCGGCGACACGAUCAAGAUCGUCGGCAGCAACGCGCAGCUGGGCAACUGGAAUGUGUCAAGCGCACCCGCGCUGUCUGCUUCACGGUACACCUCGGGCAACCCGAUAUGGAACAUCACACUGCCGAUGAUGCCCGGACGGACGGUUCAGUACAAGUUUGUCAAGGUGUCCAGCUCGGGCGCCAUGACUUGGGAGAGCGAUCCGAAUCGAUUCUACACUCCACCGAUUUCUCAGACCACUGCGACUGUGAGCAACAUAUGGCGAUGA